AAAGGCGGGUAGUGUUAGUUGUGCGAUAACAUAUACCACUAAAAUAGACUGGAGUUAUUCACAACCCUAACUAACGAAAAUGUUGGUGUAAUGUAUUUCAAUAUGCCGGAUGCAAAACGCAAUACAAUGGAAGUUUGCGGUUGGAAGGAAAUUUCCAGCGGAAAUUAUAUUGCCUCAGUCGCUUACUAAAAGACCUGAAAACAGCCGAAAAUUUUGGAUAAAUUUCAUAAAACCAUCAAUGAAAAUUGUAACAGAAAUAACUGUGUACCCACUAGUAACUGGCUUCGUGAUGCUUUGUUGCAAGUUCUUGUGGGAAGCUGUAAACUGUAGAAUUGGCUAUGUUAAUCGUUAAUAAGACAAAAUAAUCCGUUUACAAACUAUUGUAACUUCAAUGGAAUGUCACUGAAUAUAAAAAGUGUAUAGGUAACCAACUAUAAUAAAUGGAUUUACAGAUUAAAUAAAUGACUAUAAAUACUGUGUAUAUACUUUCUUGGUUUGGAAAUAAGAACAAUAAUAUAACUAAUUGUUUAACAUUAUUCAUCAGUAUACAAUAUCUGUAUUAUCAGUAGUAUAAUCACUUUUUUGAAAAAAAUUUACUAACAUGUAAAUAAUAUACACACAAUAAUAAUGGAAUUGGAAAUAAGAAAACCAAUUAAAAAACAGCAACAACAAAAUCAAGGAAAUAUUGAAUCAUUACAUACUUCUUCAAGUACAUUAUGCUCAUUUAUUCCAGCCACGCCUAAUUGGACAAAUGCUGCAAUAAUUGGUGAGCAUUUAUGGAAUGAGACCACUUCUAAUGAAACAUGUUAUAUCGAUGAAUCGGAAUGUACUAAAUGUGGAGCGAAAAGAAAGUGUUCUGUUUGUCACAUUGUUUGUCAUGUAAAUUGUCUUCCAUUGGUUCAGGUAUCUUGUAGACCAACAUUUCGUGAAGCAUUUAUUCAUGAUUAUCGUACUGAAAAAACAUAUACGACACAUCAUUGGAUUAAACGAAGAAAGCAAAAUAAAAAAUGUAAACAAUGUGGAAAGUCUUUACAAUCAAUACUAGGAUUUUCUUCUAAAGAAUAUAUAACAAUUCAAUGCACAUGGUGUAAAAUAGGUUAUCAUAAUAAAUCAAGUUGUUUUCGUGAAUCAUAUCUAACUGAACCAUGUUCAUUAGGAUCAUAUUCAGAUUUAAUUGUUCCACCUGAUUGGAUUAUUAAAUUAACUGAAAGAAAUGAUUACAAACUACCAUCAUCAUCAUCAUCUACAUCAAUCUGUCGAUCAAGUAGUUUUGUUACCCCAUCAUGUUUAUCAAAUUGUGAUAAAAAUAUCAAUCAAAUUCGUUCAUUAAUUUCACGACCAAAUAGUCUUGAUCAUUCGAAUCAUAUAAUCAAUAAUAAUAAUAAUAGUAUAAUAUCUGAUCAAUUAUCCUCAAAAACAUCCAUAACAACAGUACAUGAAGAUAUUCAACCUAUUUCAAUAAGUCAAGCAAAUAUUUAUAUUGAACCUAAAAUAUCAUUUGUUAUUAAAACAAAUCCAAUUAAUACUGCAAGCCUUAAACCAUUAUUAGUAUUUCUUAAUCCAAAAUCCGGUGGUAAUCAAGGUGUAAAUUUAUUAAAAAAAUUUCAAUGGUUAUUAAAUCCACGUCAAGUAUUUGAUGUAUCAAAAGGAGGACCAAAAAUGGGUUUGGAAUUGUUCAGUCGUGUUCCAAAUCUACGUAUCCUCGUGUGUGGUGGUGAUGGUACAGUUGGUUGGAUAUUUUCUACUAUUGAUUCAAUGAAUUUUAAUACAAUACCACCAGUUGCUGUUUUACCAUUAGGUACUGGGAAUGAUUUAGCUAGAGCAUUAAAUUGGGGCUCUGGUUAUAUUGAUGAAUCUGUAUCGAAAGUAUUAAACUCCGUUUAUGAAGGUCGUGUUAUUGCAUUGGAUAGAUGGCAAGUGAAUAGUGAAGUACGAACAGAUUUUCAAACAACUCAACAAUUAACCGACUAUGAAGAUGAUGAUUCCACAAGAAAUAGACCAAUUUCUGAUGUGUUACCUUUGAAAGUUUUCAACAAUUAUUUUUCUCUUGGUGCAGAUGCUGCAACAGCAUUACAAUUUCAUGAAUCAAGAGAAGCAAAUCCUGAAAAGUUCAAUAGUCGUUUAAAGAAUAAAUUAUUUUAUGCUGGACUUGGUGGGAAAGAUUUACUUCGACGAAGUUGGCGUGAUCUAUCUGAACAUAUCACACUUAUCUGUGAUGAUAAAGAUUUAACUCCACUUAUUCAUAGUUUAAAACCACAUUGUAUAUUAUUUUUAAAUAUUCCAAGAUAUGGAUCUGGCACCUUGCCAUGGGGUCAACCAACAACAGAAUUCCAACCUCAAAGAAUUGAUGAUGGAUAUAUUGAAGUCAUAGGUCUUACAUCGACAUCAUUGGCAACUUUACAAAUAGGUGGACAUGGUGAUCGAAUUUGUCAAUGUCGUCGUGUUCAUCUUACAACAGAUAUAGUUAUCCCUAUGCAAAUGGAUGGUGAACCAUGUCGUUUAAUGCCAUCAAAAAUCGAUAUAUUUUGUUCACAUCAAGCAUUAGUUAUUCAAAAAUUAACCCGUUCACCUAUUUCAGCUGUAAUGAGUAACGAAGAUGAAAAUCAUCUACAAUGGAAAACAAUCGGUUAUGAAACAAGAAUAAAUGUAUUUGUGAUCGCUUUAAAAGAUUAUGAUAAAAUGUCUGAUGAUGUAAUCAGUCUACGCCAAACUGCUAUAUGGAUUGGUAUCAUUACUGCAAAAUAUGAUACAGAUUUAUCAACUGUACGAAAAAUUAUUACUCAAUUGAAUAAUGAUACUACUCAAAAUAAUUUAUAUAAUGAAAACUAUGAAACCAUGGAAACUAAUCUAAAGUUCCGAGUUCAUUUAUCUGAUUCUUGGGUUUUUAUUGAUUCUACUACUGCAGCCAGUCAAUUUUUUCGUAUCGAUAAAGAACAAGAAAAUGUACAUUUUCUAACAGAUGUUUGUAAUAUGGAAGAUUUAUUUCUUAUUGAUUCUAUAUUAGAAUCACAUUUAACAUAUAAUAAUCCAACAACUGAUUCUUUUAUGGAUGAUAAUGUAUUACAUCCAUUAGCGUCUACGUCAUUACUACGAGAUGGUGAUGAUAAUCAAUUAAAUCAGUUUGGAGCCAAGGCAAGUAAUCUGACAGAAUCCGAUAAUCAGAAUGAGAACGAUGAUGAUGAUGACGACUCCAUCGACGACGGUGAUAAUGAUUAUGAUUGCAUGAAUAAAACUCAAUCAAAAAAUCUUAUCAUUUCUACAAAUAAUACGUCACUCGAAGGAGAAAUCCUUAUUCCGAAUGAUGAUAUGAUCCAUUCAACAUCAUAUCUAAUUAAUGUUUUAAACAAAGAAUUCUCAGGAGAUAAACAAGAACAAAUUGAAACUCAAACAGACAAUAUAAAUAAUAAUCCAAUCAAUUUAUACCAAGAAAAUCGUUUUAUUUACACAAUCUAUGAAAUGAAUAAAUCUGAUCAUAAUACUACUAAUAAUGAUGAUGGUAGUAGUAGUAGUAGUAGUAGUAGUAGUAGUAGUAUUGCUAGUAGUAGUAUUCAAAAUACAUCAAAUACUUUAACAACAAACUAUUCCACUAUUAUUCUUCUUAAUGAUAAUAGUAAUAAUAUCAUUAUAGAUUCAUCAUUGUUACAUAAGAAUAGACAACAAAGAGAUUUAAUGUUUACCACAAAUGAUUUGAUUGAAUUAGUCACAUCAGAUAGUGAAAUAAUAAUGAAACAGAAAACUGAAUCUAGAAUUCAACAAGACAAAGAUAACUUAACUAAUGAAUCUAGUAAUAAUACAAUAGAAAUACAAAUUAUAUCUAGUGAUGAAGAUCCAAUUCAUGAUGAUGGUGAUGUUGAUGAUGAUAAUGAUAUAAACGUGACAACACUUAUUCAAGAAAUCAAUAAUUUAUCAUUAAAAUCUAAAAAUUAUCAUUCUAAUCAAAAGUUUGAAAAAUUAUUGUUACCAAAUAUAUCAAAACAAUUACAAUAUUAUCUUAAUAAAGCUCUUCUUAGAGCAUCACAUAAUGGUUUAAUUGAUCUUGUUGAAUUAUUAUUAAAUGCUGGUGCAAAUAUACACGCAUUGGAUAAAUAUGGAAGAUCAUGUUUGCAUUUAGCAGCAAAAUUUGGGCAUGUCAAAGUCAUUGAACAUCUCUUAAAGUACAUUCCAGAAAAACUGAUUGACUUACAAGAAUAUGAAAAGAACCAAACAGCACUACAUAAAGCCGCGGCAAGUCGAAGGAGGGUCGUUUGCAAAAUUCUAAUCACAGCUGGAGCUUGCCCAACAAUUACUGAUAUCUACGGGAAACAACCAAGUAAUUUGGCACUAAAAGCAAAUGACCCACAACUUGCUACUUACCUAAAAAGAGAAGAAAUAUUCUUCAUUAUUACAAAUGGAGUUGAGAAAGUAGAUGUAUAAAGUGGACAAAUGAAGUAAUCUUCCAACACAUUCCAAACAAUUAACUAACAGUUGAAUAUUUCCCAUCUCUAGAAUAGAACUUUUGCACAAUUUAGUAUAAACUAUUAUUUAUUUGUCUAACAGUAUCUCCAUGGAAUCUCUUAACAGGAGAAACUUUUGUAUUACAACAUAAUUACGAAUAUAUUAUCAAUAG